AUGUGGAAACAUAACUCACUUCUUUUCUCAGUUUCUCUUCGGCCAACUGAAUCUGAGCAUCUAAUUCCUCUUCUAGUCUCCGCAUAUCCUCCUUUCUUGCCUGCUUUUCUCUUUGAUAGCUUUGCUCCAAAUCAGCAUUUUCGUACUCUUUGAGCAUAAUAUCCUCUUUGAAGGUUUCGAGCAGAUGGCUGAAGGAGGCGGCCAAUUCAGGGUAGGAUUCGCUUAUGGUUCUACUCAAUUUUUGGGCUUCCAUUAAACUCUUGCCGAAUUCUCUAUCUGUUUCCGUGGGAGAAGAUUCAUAGAGACCAACUGGAAAUCCAUUCGCUUGGGCUAACUUGA